AGGGAGAGCGGCGCUAUGUACAACGGAGUCGGUCUGUCGACGGUGCGCGGGUCGGCCACCAAUGGCUACGUGCAGCGAAACUUGGCGCAUGUUCAAGGGAAGACAAGGGUGGACUACCAGAAGGAGCUGGAGAAGGGGAUGGCGAAGCCGUCCCUGGCCAGCAAGGAGCCAAGUUGGGAGAUUCUUGAGCAUCAGAGGAAGCGGCAGACGGAAGUGAAGAUCAUGGAGUUCAGGAUCGCGCUAGAGGACAAGGGCGUGAGUGAGGACGUCAUUGAAGAGAGAGUCGCUGAGGUCAGACGCAAGCUCGAAUCUGAGAGCAUGCAUGCGAACUUGGACACUGGCGCGAAGAAGUUGACAGACUCGCAUGCGCUAGCUCAAGCAAAAGCGAGGGAGGCGCAGCGAUUCGCGUCAGCUUUUGGGAUCCGAAGGGACCACACAGAAGGAGAGGCGUUUGACAGGGAGCUGCAGGAGCAGAAGAAAGCUGAGCGACAAGCUGCGCGCGAGAAACGGAAGGAUCAGGAGAUGCAGGAGCAGGGGGAGGAGAGGGAGAGGAAGGAGCAGGAACAGGAGCAGGAGCAGGAGAGGCAGGAGCACGAAGGGAAGAGGAAGGGGAAGGAGGAGGAGAGGCAGGAGCAGGAGCAGGAGGAAGGGGAGGGGGGGGGAGGGACCUGGAGAGCGAAAGUCUGGUAUGCCUGA